GCCCUCCCCCUGCCGUCGUUUAUGUGGAAACCAGCUCAUUGUGGUCCAGUGAGCGCCAGGCGUGCGACUGCGCGUGUGUGGAUGUGUGUGUGCGUGCGUGUCUGUGUGUGGCUGACUCCCGGGUGAAUGGAGUAGUUUCCUAGUCACGUAAGUUAGAGCGGCGGCACCGCGGGGGGACCAUGUCUUGCUGAAAUCGAAGGGAUAAGGCCUGGGAAAGAGCGGCCGUCCCUUUGCAGCUGGAUUAACCCGGAGUUAAAAUAAAUAUAUUAUUUUCCACAGAAAAGCUCAUUUUUAAAGCAAGAGGCAGACUUGUUGUAAGCUCGGUAUAUGUUGUAUAUUUAUUAUAUAUUUUUACCUACGUGUACUAGCUACAUGGAUAUGAUCAGCGGGAGGCCGCUGGAAGCCGCCGGGGCGCACGGUACGGGACACGGCUCCAGCUAGCCCAGCAUCCCGCAUGCAUUGUUCCUUCUCCUCCUGCGCUUCUCUCCACGUCGGCUCCGCGCUCACGGUCCGCUCCUACUCUGCAUUUCGCCCAUAACCUGUUUUUUUUUUUUUUUUUUUUUUUUUUUUUUUCCCCCCCCCUUUUCUUUUUUCUUAUUCUCUGCGAUGAUAUCCGCAUCAAUGAAGCUUAAAUCAUUGCGGUGCGUUUCAGUCCGCAGUCUACCUCUCUGACUCGGUUAUGCGCGCGGCGGCGGUGUCCAACAUAUUUCUAUUUUUGCAGAUAAAGGCAUAAUGGUAAUUUCGGCGGAGGUCCGCAGCUCGCCGCUCUGACGUUGCGUAUCCCGCAGAGUACAGUAGCUAAGCUAGCUGCCGAGCUAACAAACUAAAUACAUGCAUUCAGUGAGCGACCUGCGGCCACUUAUAUUGUUUGCGUCGUUCGUUCGUGCGUGGACUUAGGAAUUCUGUGUAAUAUUUGAAUGGUUUCGCACAGUGUAGAAAGACUAGAGGACUGUUUUUACUGGUUCGAAACGUUUCCACGCUCUUCUUCUUGUGCCCAUCGAUGAGCCCAUAUUUUUCGGUGUUCUUUGCAAGAACUAAACUUAGUUGUGUUGACUAGUGAGAGAUGUGAAACAGUCGGUGGUGGAAAAGUUGCAGCGCUAAUUCGUUUUCAGGAGCCAGGAUUCAUGUUCCGACUGAGGGCGGCGAGCUACGCGCUGUGAAAAGUGGCAGUUUGCGGUGCGCCGGCGAACCUUUUUUAAACUUGGCCACAGACACAGAGAGAAGCAGGCAGUCGCUCGCUCGGCGCUCAAUAAUAAUAACCCAGAUAAAACGCUCGCUCGUUUGCUCGCUCGGUGCCGAGUGGUGGGAAUUAAACCACCAGGGAGUAGUGAAUACUGAACGCUCCGCAUUAGACACCCAUGAACAUACAGAGGUCACAUCCGAUCAGCAUUGCGCGUUAUGGGAGAUCGAGGCACAAAGCGCACGACUUCGACGACUCGUCGUGUGUGAGGAGCGCCGAAUCGGCGCAGAGCUUCAGCCCCAACUUGGGAUCGCCGAGCCCCCCGGAGAGCCCGGACCCGUCGCACUGCAUCUCCUCCAUCGGCAAGUACCUGCUGCUCGAGCCCAUCGAGGGGGAUCACGUCUUCCGGGCCGCGUACCUGCACAGCGGAGAGGAGCUCGUGUGCAAGGUAUUUGACAUCACUCGCUACCAGGAGUCGCUGGCAGCCUACUUUUGCCUGUCUGCACAUGAGAACAUAAACCAAAUAGUGGAGAUUCUCCUCGGGGACACGAGAGCCUACGUGUUCUUCAAGAGGGGCCAUGGGGACAUGCAUUCCUUUGUGCGGACCUGUAAGAAGCUGCAGGAGGACGAGGCUGCGAGACUGUUCCAUCAGAUAGCCUCCGCUGUCGCACACUGCCACGACCACGGGCUCGUGCUGAGGGACCUCAAGCUGAGGAAGUUCGUCUUCCAAAACGAGGAGAGAAGCCUCAUCAAGCUGGAGAGCCUGGAGGAUGCUUAUAUACUGGAAGGGGAGGACGACUCCCUGUCGGACAAACACGGCUGCCCUGCGUACGUCAGCCCAGAGAUCCUCAACACAACAGGCAGCUAUUCCGGCAAGGCAGCUGACGUUUGGAGCCUCGGAGUCAUGCUGUAUACCAUUCUAGUGGGACGCUACCCGUUUCACGACGUGGAACCCAGCUCGCUUUUCAGCAAGAUUCGCCGGGGCCAGUUUAGCAUUCCAGAGACCCUCACACCCAAGGCCAAGUGUCUGAUCCGUAGCAUCCUUCGGCGGGAGCCUGCUGAGCGACUCACCUCCAGGGAAAUCUUGGAACACCCUUGGUUCUCCUCCAGCACCCAUGCCUCGGUUCUGGGGCAUGGCAGGAAUGACAAGGAGCCGACUGACCAGAUGGUACCUGAUGUGAUCAUGGAGGAAGAGUUAGACAAGUUCUUCAUUUGAGCAGCACAAUGACAGCAGACCUUGCCGAGAGCAACGUCACAGAAACGCAAAACCACAACAUUGACCAACCACACAGAGGUGUUCAAUACCCCCGCCCCCCCUUUCUUGGAAGCCGAUCGGCUCAACCCUAGUGGCGGACUUGAUGUAGAGGUUCAUUUAUGGCUCCUGAAGGAGGUGCUGGGCACAUGAAGUCAUGUAGCAAAUCUUCUGAAGUGGUGCUCUUAAGUUUGAUCGAUACACGCUUAAUAAAGGGACACGGUGUCUCGGCUCACAGAGACAAGGAGACGUCAGUGAACAAAUAUCAGGCAAGCUACAGUCACUUUUCCCCCGGCAAACUUGUCCCUCAUCACAUUGCUUGUUGCAUUGUGCAUUUUGGUUGUUGAGGAGUUAUUACGACGUUUCUUUUCCUCUCGUCAGUCCAACUUUUUUUUUCCCCCUUUUCUUUUCUGGCUCGGACCAGUAUAAAAUGUGGUGGCAGUUAAGAAGAGUUGUUUCUUUUGGUGACCCACCCUUUGGUCAUGUAUUUAAGUAAGCUAAUAUUAAAGUAAUUACACUUAGGUGGCUUGUUAAGCCUACUUAAAACUGAAAAGUAAGCCACUAGGUCAGACACCAUGCAGUACUUGUAUACACCCAGCUAGAGGAACUUUCUCAUUCUGUGUACUUGUUAAAGCUACGACAAGCUCCUCAUUUUCUUGGCACCAAAACUUUGCAUUUUAUUUAAGUUGUAUCUUAUAAACACUAUAUUUAAUUAAUGGCAACAUUUAUUUUCAGAGAUUCUUUAUAUAAUAUAUAUAUAGUAUGCAAAACGCAGACACAGGACAGGUAUAGCAGUGAAGACUGUCUUAAGACUAGAAUAACCAAUUAAACUUGUGCCAGUGUUUGUACAUCCCAUCGCUCAGAGCCCUUCGCCUCAUUAACAGUCCUUCGAGACAGUGCUACUUCAACUGCAGUUUCCACUAACCCGUUUUCUUCUGCCUGUAUACGUUAUGUGAAAUAAAUGUGGACAUUUUGUAGUAUUUAAAUGUUACUUGAAUUAUUUGUGUUUUCUAGUCUGUGGCAUGUGUCCUAUGGAUGAUACAACCUGCCUGGCAGGAAAAUCUUUUGUUUCCUUAAACUUAAUUCCUUUAAAAACUCUCUUGCUUUUGU